CUAAUAUGACGUUCUUCUUUAGCUUUGGAUACAAAGCCAUGUUCUAAUUCGAAUAGAACAUGGGCUGCACGUGAUUGACGUCACAAUUGAAAUUGCAACGUAAGAUGAAUUUUGAACAACGCCAGAGAUCAAAAUGGACAUUUUUUAUGGUGUUGCUCGCUAGGAAAUUAAAUAAAAACAUUCUAAAAGAUUUCCUAAAGUGUUAGGAUGCAUUGAUGGGACGUACGGCAAACUAAAGAAACCACAGGAACAGGAAGAAGAAUUUGUAAAUCGUAAAGGAUAUCAUUCGCUCAAUGUGCAGGCUAUUUGUGAUGGUAAAUACAGAUUCAUCAGCAUGAAAGGAAAUAUGCCAGGAAGUGUUCAUGACAGCAGAAUAUGGAAACUGAGUGCUCUUCGACAACAAUUUGAUGCAGGAAUGCAUGAUGGUUUUUUGAAAGGAGACUCUGGAUACCCUUGUCAAAGAUAUCUGAUGACCCCUUUCCUUAGCCCAUCAACACCAGGACAGCAGAGAUUCAACAAAAGCCUUUGCCGUACCAGAGUGACAAUUGAGCAGACAUUUGGGAUAUGGAAACAAAGAUUAACGUGUCUCCAGAAGGGCAUAAGAGCUUGCCCUGCCGAUGUUGUUGAGAUAACCGGAACAUGUGCUGUUCUACAUAACAUUGGGAUAGAUAGACAUGACAUUGUUGACUUUGAUUAUAUUUUUGAAAACCAUCAACAUAUUCAUGAACUUAAUUUACAAAAUACAAUGCCACCUCAAAGAGAUGGGACAGCAACCAGACAGUUAAUUGUUGAAAAGUUUUUUUCAUAGACCAAAUUGUCUAUUUCAGGUUUUACUGAACUACAUGUACUAGAGAAUUUAUACUACAGUGAAAUGUGUUUUUCUUUUUGGUAUCAUUCAAAUUUUAUGCAAUUAUAUGGUGAAACUUUUUUUCUGAAAUAGAAAUGCAAUCCCGCUAAAUAUAUGGGCACGUAUAUAUAAAACAUAUAAACAUAUACAUAACUGUUUUAUUGAGUUAUUGCAAUUACAAUAAACAUAGUUUAUUUCAAACUACCAAAACAUUUUCAAGUUUACAAAUCCAACAACAACAUAUUGUUUCCAAAUAAGAUUAUUUUAGAUAAUUUCACAAACAGAAAUUUGAGUUUUAUCAGUUGUAUUCAUUGUCAUUUACACGCUGUGAUAACAAAUAAAUAUGUUCCAGAAAUAAAUAAAACCAAUAACUAUACAGUUCUUGCUUGCUUCAA